AGAGGUGCUUUCACUGGUUCGGAUAACGAACUUGAACCUCAGGAGCUUGAGGAGCUUUUUUCGUACUCAUCUAUUAGACCUUAGCCCAAAAGAUUAAUCAUAGACUAAACAAAUCUAAUCAGCUCCCCUCUGGGUGUUUCUUUUUCUCUAAAUAUGCCUCUCGGUCUUUUUAUAUAACACAAGGUUGGAAAAACCUGAUCUGCUCCGAGUCCUGCGUACUUCUACUUGUUCUUUCUCCCUGAUCCAUAACCCUAUAACCCUAGAAAGAAUCGACAUGGUGCUGAUAGAUCAUUAUAAGGUUCUUGAUUUACCAUCGGGCGCUGAAGGUGCUGAGCUUACAGAGCAAGAGAUCACAAAGAGAUACAAAGCAAAGGCUUUGCUCUUGCAUCCAGACAAGAGGCCAGGCUAUCCCCUCGCCGGCGCUGAGUUUCAACAGCUCAAGGAGUCCUAUGAGGUCCUCAAGGACCCAAAAUCCCGGGAAAAGUUCCACGUUAGUUUACGCCUCGAUCAGAUAACAUAUGGUGAAGUGUUCGUCUGGGCAACUGGUUUGACAUGUUUGGUGGUGGGGGGUUUGGCGGCUGCUGGUGCGGUGUGUGUAGUAAAUGGUACCUGUAGCCUUGUUAAGAAUGUAUGUGUUGGAACUGCGGAUUCAAUAGGCUCGGCAUGCGAUUCUGUGAUCAAGGUUAUCAGAUAUAAAGAACCAGAAAAUAAUAUUGAGGAAUGGGAGAUGAUCUAACAGCAGAUAUAUAACUCGAAUGAGGGCAGCAGAUGUUUAUGGAAUGUGAGAGGUAAAGAUUUGUGAAGUCAGAGAGGUUUUGUAAGGCACUAGUAUUGCGCAGUGUUGGAUUUGUUUUGCCUUUAGACAUGAUCUUAGACAAAUCGGUCUUUGGCCAAAGGAUUGAACUUUCAUUAUCUUCAAUAUAGAUUGAUCUAAUUACUUUUUGUG